AUCCGUUUCCCGUGUGACGACCUUGUUUACUUGUCAAGACAUCGCUGCGCUUUCCUCCCGUCGAUAUAAAACCCGUCAGAACGACUGACAGCACGUUGUGACCGGAGCACAUAUGAUCGCUUCGACAACAAUGCAAACGAGGAGCAGAAACUACAGUGGACUGAUAGCGGCCCGUGCACUUUUGAUCGCCAACAAGUAGGAUCCGCAAAUGUUUGAAGACAGAUGUGUGAAGGCUAACUAACAGGCUAAGAAGCUAAGAGCAUUUGAUCUCCACCGCAACCCACCGGCCAUUAUCCGCAGAAUACGAGCGUUUCUGUCGUUUUGAGGCCGUUAGGAUCCAUCUCUCUGAGACCAUGGACGAGGCAUCCCCGCCGUCUCUGACUGAUCUGUGCAUGACUCUGGUGAGCUCCAGGCUGGAGCUCUUCUGUGAGAUGCGUGAUGACGGCUCGCUCUCCUUCCGUGAACCGCUGGUCUUCCCGCAGGAGCUGGCCGACCAACUGCUCUGCAAGAUGUCCACCGAGGGCCUGUUGAAUGACAGCACAGUGGGGAUCUUCCGAAGCUGCCAGCAGUUCCGGUUACGUCACGCCAGCAUCCGCACCGCCCGAAUCUCCGCCGAGGCCUUCCAGCGUGCCUUCUGCCAGCACCGCCUCGUGGAGCUAGAUGCUUCACGGGUCAACGCCGACCUCACCAUUGCUGACAUCCUUCGAGGUUUGUCCUCCAAUAAAACCUUGCAGGAGAGUCUGCAGCGGCUCGUGCUGAGCGGCCUGACCAUGUCUUCUCUGGAGGAGCCCAGCUGUCGUUGUUUCAGUGCCAUGCAGGGGUUGCGUGCACUCAGCGUGUCCAGUGUGGACUUCUACGACUCGGGCUUGGUGGACGUGUGCACGCUGCCUCGUCUGGAGAGUUUGGAUAUCUCCAACACCUCGGUGACGAACCUGACCCCGCUCCUGGGCUUGAGAAGCAGGCUACGCUACCUCACCAUGCACCAGCUCAAGAGGCUGGAGAUGACCACCGCUCAACUGCUAGCUGUGCUCAGUCAGCUGGAGGGUUUACAGCACCUUGAUAUCUCCGACGAUAAGCAGUUCACAUCCGACGUGGCGCGGCAGCUCCUGGAGACCCCUGGCAUCCUGCCCCAGCUGGUGUCUCUGGAUGUUUCGGGCCGCAAGCAGGUGACUGAUGCAGCGGUCAGGGCUUUCGUGGAGGCGAGACCGGGCAUGACCUUCGUUGGUCUUCUUGCCACCGAUGCCGGAUUCUCUGACUUCCUGUCUGGAGAGGGCAGCUUAAAGGUCACUGGAGAGGCCAAUGAGACUCAGAUCUGUGAGGCAUUGAGAAGAUACAGUGAGAGAGAGGGGUUUGUCAGAGAAGCUCUCUUCCACCUCUUCAGCCUCACUCACGCCAUUGAGAAACCACGACCUGACAUCCUGAAGUUGGUAGCAUUAGGGAUGAAGAAUCAUCCGGCUACGCUGAACGUGCAGCUGGCAGCCAGCGCCUGUGUGUUCAACCUCACCAAACAGGAACUGGCCUUUGGCAUCCCUGUGCGACUCCUGGGGAACGUCACACAGCUGCUACUCGAAGCCAUGAAGACCUUCCCCAACCACCAGCAGUUGCAGAAGAACUGCCUGCUGUCUCUAUGCAGCGAUCGAAUCUUGCAGGAAGUUCCCUUCAACAGGUUCGAAGCUGCCAAGCUGGUCAUGCAGUGGCUGUGUAACCACGAGGAUCAGAACAUGCAGAGGAUGGCUGUGGCUAUUAUCUCCAUCCUUGCUGCCAAGUUGUCCACUGAGCAAACUGCACAAUUAGGAGCUGAGCUUUUUAUCGUAAAGCAACUCCUGCACAUUGUGCGGCAGAAAACGUGUCAGGGUAUCGUGGACGCCACGUUGAAGUUCACCCUCAGUGCUCUGUGGAACCUCACGGAUGAAUCUCCUACCACCUGCAGACACUUCAUAGAGAACCAGGGACUAGAGCUCUUCAUCAAAGUACUCGAGUCCUUUCCAUCAGAAUCAUCCAUUCAGCAGAAGGUCCUGGGAUUACUGAAUAAUAUCGCCGAGGUUGGGGAGUUGCACGGUGAGCUGAUGGUUCAGAGUUUCCUGGAUCACAUCCGCUCUCUGCUGAACAGUCCAGAGGUGGAGGUCAGUUAUUUCGCCGCGGGUAUCCUGGCCCACCUCACCUCACGGGGCGAGAAGGUGUGGACCCUCGAGCUGUCACUCAGGACCACGCUGCUGGAGCAACUGCAUUCUGCGAUUCUGAAGUGGCCGACGCCAGAAUGUGAGAUGGUAGCGUACAGGUCGUUCAACCCAUUCUUCCCUUUACUGGAGUGCUUCCAGGCCCCAGGAGUCCAGCUGUGGGCCGCAUGGGCCAUGCAGCACGUCUGCAGCAAAAAUGCGGGCCGGUACUGCAGCAUGUUACUGGAGGAGGGAGGACUGCAGCAUCUAGAGGUCGUGAGGUCACAUCCCAAAACCCACGGCGACGUGCUCCGAUUGGUUGAGAGCAUCCUUGACAGUUUACAUCACCACCGAGCGCGCACAGGAUACACAGGACCGCCCACAGCACACACACAUAAGGAGGAAAAUGUUCCAUGACGAGCUCGGUGGCCUCCGGAAGCUUUUUGUGUGUGUAUGUGUUCACUCGUGCCCAUCCGUAUGACAACGAGGCUCUGCUGCUCUUCUGUUAGGAGGAACGUGGGAUGAGUUACCUUGCAUAUGUUUGCACACGACGGAAUCCGUUAUUUAUUUGACAUAAGAAAUAAAGUCUCCGUGAUCUGAGGAAAUGUUUAUUUAGACGGGCAGCAGCUCAGAGAGUGUUUAUGUUCAAAUGUUGGACGUCUGUGAGAGUUAAUUUGUGUGUGCAUGUGUCUAUUAAGAGCAUGUGCAUCAGAUUGUGUAUGCAUAUUCGGAUUUUGGAAGCAAAUCCUUAGGGAAUUUCAUUUAUUUGACAAAUUUCUGUUCAUGUUGGGCAUAAAAUGCAAUAAUAUAAAGACACAAUGGAUAAAGUUGUGUUUCAUGGAAACACAUGAACCGUUUAGUAACUUUCAGUGUGGAAUGUGUUAAACUGCAUGUGUGAGAGAGAGAGAGAGAGAGAGAAAAGUGUGUGAUCUGUGUGUACAAACGACAGCACCAGAGCUUUAGUGAUGAAAUAUAUUUUUAUAGACUGAAUAAAAAAGGGGGCAGAUGACAAUGUUUAUGAUGUUGUGUUGCAUGCAAAGUAUUAUGAUCCUACGGAAGCCCGUUACCACCACUGGAUAAAAAAUUAAAAAAGAUAAUUGCGACUUUUUACUGUCUUUUUUUUCUCUCAGGAUUGCGAGUUUAUAUCACGAUAUUGUGACUUUAUAACAAUUUUGACUUUGAUGGGGGGGGGAAAGCCAGAAUUACCUUGCUUUAUUUUUUAUUUAGUGGUGGAAAUGGGCUUCCAUAAGAUCCAGAUUUGAGUUUGUUUAAAAAAAAAAAAUGGUACUAAGUGGACUGAACGUGUCGGCUCAGAGGAAAGAUUCCUCAAGAAGCCGGAGCUCUUCAGAAGUAAAGUAAACUGAUGGAGAUGAAUAAAAUCUGAGCUUUUGCCUUUGUGGGAAUAUGUCAAUAAAUGGAUUGUUGCCUCAUAAACCACGCUGGGAAAUCUCGAACGUAGACGUUACAAAUGGAUGCGGAUAAACAGCAACUUGUAAAAAAGUCAAGAGAAGAACUUUGUUUUGAUCGUGGCAUCUUUGGAGCACUGGUGAUUUGCCAAAAGUCACUGGAUUUGCCUUUUUGCGAAACGUACUUGCAUUGAACUUUAAGUUUGAUUUAACUUAACACCAAUGAAGCUGCAGCAGGUUCAACUUGUCUUGUUUGAAAUUGCAAUAAAAAAAUAAUAUAUAUA